UAAAGUCAAAUAUCCUAUCUCCGCAGCUGCUGUAGAAGCGUUAGCACGCCACUACUGCGAGCACUGAUGAAAUCUUCCAACUGAUUUCUCUCUCAAAGUACCCUUGGUAAUGUAUGGUAGGCUAUGCUUUACUGUCUGGGUGCUUCUGUGAACCUUCUGGUUCUGAAAAGGACCUGUAUUGCCGUUUUUAAACAAAUGUUUAGUCCGCUGUGUAGCCUAAUCACAAUGGGUGUUCCACACACAAACAUUAAGCAAAAUCGGCAUCUGGGCUCAUUUUAACAGACCAUUUAACAAGGAGAUGUGCCUUUUCGAUUCCGAGUUCUCAAACUGGUACGAGUGUGCGAUGAUGCGUAUCGCUCCAACUACAGUGAUUAGCUCCUGGAAGGAGGGAGGCAGCCUUAAAAUAUUUAAGGCCAGAAUCGGCUGAGUCCAGACCAAAGGAAGAACACUCCUCACAAAAUCACCUCACCUUGUGCUGUCAUACGCUGAAGAGCCAGCAUGGCUUCCUUCACAUUGUCAACAUUCCUCGGUGUUGCUGUUCUCUCAAGCAUGGCUUUGGAAUCUCACGGCGUUGGGAUAGAAUUGUUACAGGGUUCCUGCCCUGAUGGUUGGUUUUACCACAAUAGCCGCUGCUUCCGGCACUUUUCUGAUAAGAAGACUUGGAUCGAUGCAGAGGUAAACUGUAUUAAUCUUGGGGGAAACCUGGCCUCAGUGCACAGUGAAGAUGAGCAUCAGUUUCUUCAACAGCUCCAUUUGGCUUUUGACCGUGUUGAAAACGAAUACUGGAUCGGAAUGUCAGACCUGUACAAGGACAAUGGAUGGUUUUGGACCGAUGGUACAAAUCCACGUGACUUUUCAAAGUGGAGUCCCAGAGAGCCCAACCACACAGACAAUGUAGAGCACUGUGUGAACGCCAACUAUGGAGGCUCGAAAGGCUGGAAUGACAACUCAUGUACCAGAACGUUUGCAUCCAUCUGUGCCAAGCGACUGAAUGACCAAUGUGGCCUUCAGUACCAAGCUGGACCAUAUGCGGGAUCACCUCACCUUGUGCUGUCAUACGCUGAAGAGCCAGCAUGGCUUCCUUCACAUUGUCAACACUCCUCGGUGUUGCUGUUCUCUCUAGCAUGGCUUUGGCUAAACUGUGUGGAUCUUGGGGGACACCUGGCCUCAGUGCACAGUGAAGAUGAGCAUCAGUUUCUUCGACAGCUCCAUACGAGUUCUGUCCAUUCUGAAGACGACCCGUACUGGAUCAGACUGUCAGACCUGUACAAGAAAUAUGCAUGGCUUUGGACCGAUGGUUCAACUCGAAGUAACUUUUCAAGGUGGAAUCCCAGAGAGCCCAACAACGAAGGAAAUGCAGAGCGCUGUGUGGACUUAAACAAUGGAGGCUCGAAAGGCUGGAAUGACAUCUCAUGUACCAGAACGUUUGCGUCCAUCUGUGCCAAGCGACUGAAUGACCAAUGUGGCCGUCAGUACCAAGCUCAACCAGCUCAGUGAUGAAGCUGCUUUGCAUUACUUUUAAUAA